CUGCUUUAUUACCGUCAAUACCAUACGCGCAUUUGACAAAUAAGUGGAAAAUGCUCCAGGAUUCUUGGCCAUUGCUGAAAAUUUUUUAUUUGGGAUAAAAGUUGGUUCUAUUUUUAGCCAAAUAUAGCAAGUAAAGGUAAAUUGUUAAGGGCGAUUGUUAUUUUACUGUUGUUUGAAUGAAAACGAACGGAAGUUGUGUGGUAACCAACUCGCAACAAAGUCAGCGAGUACCGAGUGGCUACAUUGCACUGGCGAGGAGAAUUUAAAACCGAGAAACGAAACUAUUUAAACAAAAACCGGAUCCACUCUUUUGCAAAAUGCAAACCAUGAAGCGCGAGCGUAAACGCUAUCAAAAGGAUACCGCACCAGCAGAUGAUAUAAUAACUUUAAUACACUUGGUCCGCCAAAAUCCCGCACUAUACAACUACAAGUUACAACCAAAUCAAAGACGGCGGAUUGAUGUAUUAAACGGUUGGGCAGACAUUGCGGCACAGAUCGGAAACAAAUAUACGGUAGAGGAAUGCCGGCGCAAGUGGAAAAACUUAAGAGAUACCUACCACCAAUACCGGCUGCGCAAGCCCAAACUUGGCGACGGAUUAUCCAAAUGGCGGUAUGCGAAAGAAUUAGAAUUCCUUUCCACCGUAUAUCAGCCAAAAUUAAAAUCCCAACGUCACCAAAAUUACAUGAUGGAUACACAGCGCUCCGAUUUGCAUGAUCUUGGAGGUAGUGUCUCAACACGCUUAAAGGAAGAUCACAUCGAGGGCAGCAUUGUGCAUCAUUCGAAUUCGGGCAUUACUUUGGUAAACGAUGAUGAGACAUUUAUACUCACCACAUAUGAGGAGAGCGUUGCUGAUGAUGUUACCACUAUCGACCAUGGCGGACACGAAGAUCCAAGCAUAUCUUCUCAUAUGGAAUUGACGCAUGAUGAUGAUGAUGAUGUCGAAGAUGUGCAGGAAAUUGUUAAGAACGAACAUGGCUCUUCACUAGAUGACGCAAAUGGUACUGAGGUCCACUAUGAAGAAGUGUGCAUGUAUGAAGAGGCUGGUAACGGGCCCAGUGUCGAUUGUGAAACUAUAAUUGGGGCAGGCGGAGUAGUGCGCAGCUCUUCGACAGAUUCGAAAAAUUUUACUUCUCAUCAUCACCAUCACACUCAUUCAACAGCCGAUUCGUUCACCUACUCAAUGAAUGACUUUUGCAUCGAGUCUAUUCCGCACUUACCAAGUACAAGUGGUGGAGGAGGUGAAAGCGGCGGCGGUAGCAGUAAUAGUAGUGUAAUUGGUGGAACCAAGUUGAAAAAUUUGGCAACAUCGACAAUUGUUACAACCCCUGUGGUUGUGAGCAGUAGCUCUACCAAUCCGAAUAUUGCACAGCAGCAAACAGCAACUUCAUCCAUAUUGCAAUUGCAGUCACCUACUUCUAUGACCUAUAAUGGACAGUCGCGGGAAGAGUUGGACUUGUUUUUUGCAUUCCUAAAGCAAAAAAUGCAACGUUUUUCAAAGGAAGAAAUAACGCUAAUGCAGGUGGAGUUUCUUAAUUGUGUUCAAAAGCAUGAAGCUGAACGCAAAUACAACGGAGGUGGGGGAGGAGAUUCAUCAAUACUACAUCAGUAAGCGAAAAUUUAAUAAAUUUAAUGUUUAACAAUUUGAAAUUUUUAUUGAAAAUCGAAACAUGUACUGUGUAGUUAAGAAUUGUAUGUAAAUGUUGUGUGUAUCUAAUGCGCAUCAUAAUGCUUCUGAAUACUAUUAAAAUCAAAUAAUGAGCUCUUUAUCAAUUAUUAUUAA